AUUUUUCAUUAUUUCAGCAGAUAUUCGUAUAUUAUAAUAUUCAACUAUUCACGACAAAUAAAGAAAAAAUAUAUCACAAUGCCACGACCAGUUCGAGAAACGUAUGGCGAUCAGAAACCUCCUUAUUCGUACAUAGCUUUGACAGCAAUGGCGAUUCAAUCUUCUCCUGAUAAAAUGAUGAGCCUAUCUGAGAUAUAUAAAUACAUUAUGGAAAGAUUCCCGUUUUAUCGAAAGAACACUCAGCGAUGGCAGAAUUCGCUUCGACACAAUUUAUCUUUCAAUGAUUGUUUUAUGAAAGUACCACGGCGAUCGGACAGACCAGGAAAAGGAAGUCUGUGGACCCUGCACCCUACUUGUGGACACAUGUUUGAAAACGGCAGUUUUUUGAGACGUAGAAAACGAUUCAAAGCUUUGUCCUCUGAAAGUGACGAACCAUCUCUAAACAACACCGAAGAGUCGCCGUUUGUACAACGCCAUCGUCCGCAACCUUAUCCAAUGACAAAAAGCAUGGAUUUACCUAAAAUGGUACCCAUGGAUUCGCCAAAGUUCCAGCCGCGACCAAAUCCGGCUCCAUCCCAUAUUGCCGCUUUGAUGCAACACCAUUAUAUGCAAGCUAAUACUCUUAUGACCCCACCUGGACUUAAAAGCGGUGUUCCCAUUUUACCGCAUGGAAUUGGAAUGCCAAGUCCACAUGCCUUUGCUGCCGCUGCCUAUUUUCGUAAAGCUAUUGCAGAAUACCAAGCCGCCAUUGCAUCAUCGGUUAUUGCCCAACAAAGUCAAAUACUAUCACCAUCUUCAAGAUCUCCAACAAUGCCGAUGGCUCAAGCCUCGCCUUCGUUGAUGGCAUUUCCUCACCUGAACGCUCUCAGCUCAUUGGCCCAGGCAUCUAGACUCGGGUUAGUCUCAAAUCAGCAGAAAAGGCAUUCAAGCGAAGUAUCUGAGGAAAAUGAAAUUUCACCUCCAAAACCAAAAAGCAGCAAAGUCUCUUUUUCGAUCGAUAAUAUUAUGAGAGGAACGUUUUCAAAAGACACUGAAUCAGACAAAGAGAAGACAGAAAAAUCAUUUGAUGAAUCGAACUCAAAUUCAACAGCGAUUUUUAGGCCGAAAGAACAACAUUCUCCAAAUGUGCCAAGAUCCAGUUACGAUACAGAACACAGACAUUCACCAGAACCGCUAACAAAGACACCAACUGAGUUUGUGGAGUCUAACAAAACACGUCAUUUUAAUACGUCAUCACCAACGUCACAAUUACGAGUAAAACACGAACGACCGGACGAUUCAUCAUUCGAAGACAUCAAUUCAAAUUCCCCGACUACCUCGAACACGGAAGAAAGCGAAGAACAAGUAAACGCGCUGAGAAAUUUGUACCGUUACGCAGCCCGUGCAUGUGGGAAACUACAGAAUACCGGAUUUCAGUUCCCAACCCCUCUAAAUUUUUCAUCGCCUAUUUCAAAAGUUCAGGAACCUUCCGAAUCCAGUACAUCGACGCGUUCGCCUACAUCACAGAGUAUAACAUCAUGCAGCGACCAAUAUUCACCAAUAUCAAACCGAUAUUCUCCAGGCGAAAGUAGUCCCGAUGAAAAUGAACCAAAGAGCCGGAAAGAAGAGGCCUUUAUUCCGAGAAAAACAAUCUCGAUGCCCGAAAGCUCAAUUUUCCAAUCGACUAGUUCACCCGUUUCAUCAAUGAUGUAUGCUUAGUAGAAAAAUAACGAUAAUACUCAGCAACUGCGUAUUCGUAAUCUAUUUACAUAAAAUUUAAAGCACGUCUAAAUAUUUGUGAAUUACGUGCUGAUUUUUUCAUAUUAUUGCUUUAUUUAUUAAAAUACUUCUCGCAAUAUUUGGAGCAAGAUGAUUUUGUAACUACAUUACAAUAAAUCUUUGUACAAUGGAAAUAUUU